CCUCCCGCGAUAUUUCCGGACGCUCGGGACCCUGAGUGGCUGAGGGCUUCCGUGUAUCAUGGCUGUCGGCGUGUACUGUACCAUAAGAGAUAAAAUUUUUCUUCUGAAGACUGCUUUAACUGCACCCCCAAAACUUUGAGUGGCUAUAUGAAGGAAGAAGUGGAAGAUUCUGCUGAAGAUGAGGCGACUGAGUCGAAAGAAAACCUUAAAUUUGGUUAAAGAAUUGGAUGCCUUUCCAAAGGUUCCUGUAAGCUAUGUAGAGACUUCAGCAAUUGGGGGUACAGUUUCUCUAAUAGCAUUUACUACAAUGGCUUUGUUAACCAUAAUGGAGUUUUCAGUAUAUCAAGAUACUUGGAUGAAGUACGAAUAUGAAGUAGACAAGGAUUUUUCUAGCAAAUUAAGAAUAAAUGUAGAUAUUACUGUGGCUAUGAAGUGUCAGUAUGUUGGAGCUGAUGUAUUGGAUUUAGCAGAAACAAUGGUUGCAGCUGCGGAUGGUCUAGUUUAUGAAUCAGUAAUAUUUGAUCUCUCACCACAACAAAGAGAGUGGCAGAGAAUGUUACAGACAAUUCAGAGUAGGCUGCAAGAGGAACAUUCACUACAAGAUGUCAUAUUCAAAAGUGCUUUUAAAAGUGCCUCAACAGCACUACCCCCAAGGGAAGAUAAUUCAUUACAACCUCCAGAUGCAUGCAGAAUUCAUGGUCAUCUAUAUGUCAAUAAAGUAGCAGGGAAUUUUCACAUAACUGUGGGCAAGGCAAUUCCACAUCCUCGAGGUCAUGCACACCUGGCAGCACUUGUCAGUCAUGACUCGUACAACUUUUCCCAUAGAAUAGAUCAUUUGUCUUUUGGUGAACUUGUUCCAGGAAUUAUUAAUCCGUUAGAUGGAACUGAAAAAAUUGCUACAGAUCACAACCAGAUGUUCCAAUACUUUAUCACAGUUGUGCCAACAAAACUCAAUACAUACAAAAUCUCAGCAGACACUCACCAGUUUUCAGUGACAGAAAGGGAACGUGCCAUUAACCAUGCAGCAGGAAGCCAUGGGGUAUCUGGGAUAUUUAUGAAAUACGAUCUUAGUUCCCUUAUGGUAACAGUGACUGAAGAACAUAUGCCGUUCUGGCAGUUUUUAGUAAGACUGUGUGGUAUUAUUGGAGGAAUUUUCUCAACAACAGGCAUGCUACAUGGAAUUGGAAAAUCCAUAGUUGAAAUAAUUUGUUGUCAUUUCAGACUUGGAGCCUACAAACCUGUUACUUCUGUUCAGGAUGGCCACACAAACAACCACUUACCUCUUACAAAAAAUAGUAUACAUAGCACCUCAUGAGAAGAGGAGAAAAACUUUUUUGCCUGACAGAAAAUCUUUUUUUAAUAAUAAAAUAUUGUGCAAUAUGUUCAAAGAAAAGAAAAUAUGAAUGGGAAGGAGAAAUCACACCUUAAAAAAAAAAAAAAAUGACAACCUUGUGUGUGUUGUGUCUGUUACAAAUUUGUUAGAAGAGGUCGUGGGGCCCAAUCUUCUGACUGAACCGAACAGGAGACCUUCUGUGAAGAAAAUCCCAACUACUACUUUCACAGCAGAUGCCCAGUCAACAUUAAAAUCAGGCCAUUCUUAUUGGUAAGGUAGAUUCUUAAAAGAAAAAAGUCAAACUGCAUUAUGAAUAAAAAAGUAGUGGACAUGGUGAAUCCCUUUAUUUUUAUAAAGACAUGUUGGAAUUAAAACAUGUCUAAGGUUAGUUCAGGCAUUGAAAAUCAGUCAUUAGUCCUGCUGUUAACAAAGGAAAAGAACAGAAAUAGUUCCUGUGAUACAGCCUUAUUAAUAUUAAGCCAUACUAAUACAAAGAUUCCAUUAAUUAAGACUGAUCGAAAAUAAGAAAUGUGACUUCAUUGCUUUUCGCUAUAAUUGGAUCUUUUAAUUAUCUAACAUUGCUCAAGCCAGGAAGAAAAAAUUGAAAGUUAGUAUGAUGACAUUGAUGAUUAGAAAUGUAACUAAGCAGUAUCUUACUGACAAAAUUUGAGAACUCUUUUGGAUGGUAGUAGGGAAAACUAGUCCUUUAAAAAAAAAGUGCUAUUUUUCCUUAUUUGAUCAAUUCCUUUCUCUGCAGAGAGUUUAUAGUUGAAAAUAUAAAGUUUAAGGAGUUCAAAUCAAAAACAGUGCAUCUAUACUAAUGAGAAUUAAUCUUGUAAAGGAAUUAAGACAUGGGCUUAUUAUAUUUAUAUCUGUUCUAUGUUGAUUUAAGUUAAUUUAUCCAAGCAAUGUAAAGUUGAAGAGCAAGUCAAAAGGAACCAACAUUAUGGUUAAAGAAAAGAAGCAGGGUUGUUAGAUACCAAAUGAAGAAAUAUGAUUUGUAACAUACGUGGACUUCUGUUUCCUCUUCUGUAAAAUGAUGGGGUAUAACUAAAAUCACUUUCAACCCUAAAAUUCCAUGGGACAAAGAAACAAAUUCCUUUAUUAACAUUAAGAAUGUCAGGCCUCAGGUUUACAUUUCUGCAGAGUAUACAGUAUGUAGCUGUAACCUUAGGCUGAUUAAAAAUAGCAGUAAUACAAUGAAAUUGAAGGUAAAAAGAGGACUGUGAUCUGAACUGCCAUUGAAAACUAUAUUUUCCUUUUCAAUAAACAUGCCAAACUUUA